AUGGGAGAAGGAACCGACAUUGCGCAUGAGGAAGUGGCACAGCCACCCGCUCGGCGGCCACGCCAGCCGACCUUUCUCGGCCAGACCAAGGCUGAGUGGUAUAUAUACUGGAUCUGCGGUGUUGCAUCCAUUGCAAAUAUAUUUCAAGGUUUUGAUUCUGGUAUUUAUUCCGUCAUUCUCGCCGACAACGAUUUCAUUGAUUACUUCGAUGUUCGGGGAGCCAGGUCCGGAGUUGUGGCCAGUAUGGUCAAUUUGGGAAAUGUGCUAGGAAAUUUCUUCGUGGCGUGGUGGUUUAUUCGGUGGAUGGGUCGUCGGCUCGCCUUCGUCUUUGGAACCAUUGUGUUGCUUGUCGGAGUGGCUCUCCAAGCUGCCGCCGUGGCCUAUGCCAUGCUCGUCAUUGGUCGGAUUGUGUCUGGUAUCGGGACCGCCAUCAUCGGGACCAAUCUGGCCGCAUAUCAAGCCGAGGUAUCCUCGCCUCUCAUUCGGGGCCGUGUAGUAUCCUUUGUCCAGGUAUCUUAUCAGGUCGGCGUACUUAUUGCAUACUGCGUGAGUCUCGGGGUGCCGAAGAUUGGAGGUAAUCUCGCUUGGAGAGCCGCAACUGCCCUUCAAGUUAUCCCCGGGGUUAUCCUGAUUGUUGCUGCAUUCACCAUUCCGGAGUCGCCACGUUGGAUGCUUGAGAAAUACCCCGACAAGCCAGAGCGAGCACUAAAGCUUCUCUCUCGGAUCAGAAAGCUCCCUGUAGACGAUGAAGAGGUCCUGCGAGAGCACCAUGACUUGGUAGCUGCCCAUCGCUACCGCAAAGAAAUCGAAGGUGAAGUGACCUGGAGACACCUUGUGAAAAACUAUAGUGUCUGGAAGCGGGUUGCGUACGGUAUGGCGACCAUGGCAAUUGGGCAGCUGUCCGGUGUGGGCGCCUUGAUGAUCUAUGGAGAUUUGAUCUUCGACAGCCUUGGGUUCUCUCAAGGUAUCAUGAAUCUUCUAUUGAAUGUGAUUGUUGGCGUAUUGGCCCUAAUUGCGAGCUUGGUCAGCUCGAUGGGUGUUGACAAGUGGGGACGACGCAUUACUUUAAUCACUGGGUGCACCGCUAUUGUCAUCAGCUAUGUGCUUAUCGGCGCCCUCGCAGAUGCCUUUCCGGCUGAGACCAAUUUCAAUCGCAGUGCGGGAAUUAUGCAAGUCGUUUGCAUUUAUGUUAUCGAGAUGGCUUACUCUGGCUGUCUCGGUCAAUGCGCCUGGAUCUAUGCUUCCGAAAUAUUUCCCAACCACCUUCGUGACAAAGGUAUUAACAUCUCCCAGGUCGGUCAGCAAGUUACCACUCUCUGGAUUAAUCAAACCUGGCCUGUGAUGUUUGACAGCGUCGGCCACAACGCCUACUAUAUUCUCAUGGGGAUCAACAUUGUCUCCUUGACGGUUGUUGUACUGUUCUGGCCCGAAACCAAGGGUAUCAGCCUCGAGCAUAUGGAUCAGCUCUUUGGCGGUGUUGACGCGGUAGAGGUGUAUGAAGACAAGGAAGCUCGUGCACAACAUAUUGAAGAGAGCAACUCGACGCGUGCGGAAGCGCAGGAACGCUCGUGA